AUUUAGACGAGUUCUCACUGGGAUCCAGCAGAGAAAUACCCUUCAGGCUUCAGCUUCUUCUCCCAAGAACUCCAUUCCUGGAUCAAUGGAGAGAAAGCCAUCUUCAUCAAUGGCUACCCUUCUCUUCACUGCAUCUCUUCUGGCCAUCAUUUCCUCGUCGGCGGCGGCGCUCUCCGGUUCCUUCGACGACAACUUCAGCAAAUCCUGCCCAGCAACCAACUUCAAAACCUCCGAAGAUGGACAGAUCUGGUAUCUAUCGCUAGACAAAAAAGCAGGUUGUGGGUUUACGACGAAGCAGAAGUACAGAUUUGGGUGGUUCAGCAUGAAGUUGAAGCUGGUGGGGGGCGACUCUGCUGGGGUGGUGACGGCGUUCUAUAUGUGUUCUGAGCUGGAUGAUAAAGCCGCAGGAUGGGGGACGAGAGACGAACUGGAUUUCGAGUUCUUGGGGAACAGAACAGGGCAGCCUUACCUUAUUCAGACCAAUGUGUACAAGAAUGGCACCGGCGGUCGUGAGAUGCGCCAUGUCCUCUGGUUCGACCCCACCGAGGAUUUCCACACCUAUUCUAUCCGCUGGAACUCUCACAUGAUUGUAUUCUAUGUGGACAGGGUGCCCAUAAGAGUAUACAAAAAUGCAAACUACACGAACAACUUCUUCCCGAACGAGAAGCCAAUGUACCUGUUCUCGAGCAUCUGGAACGCGGACGACUGGGCAACGAGGGGCGGGCUGGAGAAGACGGACUGGAAAAACGCCCCAUUCGUGUCGACCUACAAGGACUUCAACGUCGAGGCUUGCCAGUGGAAGGAUCCUUUCCCGGACUGCGUGGCCACCACGACUGAUAACUGGUGGGAUCAGUACAAGGCGUGGCACCUCACGAGCGACGAGAAGUUGGACUAUGGCUGGCUGCUCAGGAACCUCGUCAUCUAUGAUUACUGCACAGACACCGAAAGGUAUCCGACCAAGCUCGAGGAGUGCUGGCUCAGCCCCUGGGACUGAUUGAUUUGUUGUCGAUUGAGGAUGUUUUUAGCUAAUGAUUCGGGUUCUUGUCUGAUAGAGUUGUAUGUUAUUCAGUUUUGGUUCGGUGUACAUUAUAUUGGUGUAAUAUUGUUUGUUGUUCGGUUUUAUUCAUUGAUUUGCGAGAACUCUGUAGUCACUAUCUGAUAGUGUACUUAUAGUGAAGCCCGUCUUCUUGUUCAA